GUAAAUCGGACACCCGAAAUUUACUAAACGGAGUCUCGACGGGCCAUACCUGAGCUGAGCGAUCGAACUGCCCGUCGAUUAAACCCAGGGUACCGGCUUCCGAUCAUCCCUUCCCUUCCUCUGAAUCCUCUCUCUAACCGACUUGCGGAGCGAUGGCGGGAAAGCCGAACCCCGCCGACAUUCUCACGGCGGACUUCGCCGGGAUGACCAAGAACCAGCUCUAUGACAUCAUGUCUCAGAUGAAGACGUUGAUAGAGCAGAACAGACAGCAAGCAAGGGAUAUCCUCAUUCAGAACCCUCUGUUGACAAAGGCACUUUUCCAGGCUCAAAUUAUGCUGGGAAUGGUCCAACCUCCUCCAGUGGUUCCUGUGAUCCCGGCAACGACAUCACAGAAGCCUCAGCAAUCAGCACCACCCACUCAGAUGUCAAACAUUUCGACUUCACAGCAAGGACAAAUGGGCAAGCAGGGGCAACAAGCUGGAUCAAACAUGCAGCAUCAGAUGAGAAAGCAACACCAGAAUCAGCCUGCAGUAGUGCCCUUAGCUUCUUCCUCUUCUGCUCCACCUAUAAAUCUUCCAUCCCAGACCUUGCCUUUGCACACCUUACAGACCCCACAACAGUCGAAAGGACAUGUUAAUCCUCAAAUGCCAGGGCUGCAAUCUUCUCAGAUUCCUAACUUACCUCCACAGCCACCCCAACUUCAUCAACCCCAAUUGGCUACUGGUCAGCUGCAACAAUCAUUGCAGACAAGUGGCGGAAUCCCGCACAUGGCACUGCAACCACCAAUGCCACCCCAGCCUAGACUUCCGCCGCCACAUUCUAUGCCGGGUUACAAUCAUCAAUAUCAACCACAGAUGGGAUCCAGUAUGGGCUUCCAACAUGGUGGCAGUCAUCAACAUCCUUCACAACUCAUGUUUCAUGGUGGAGGAGGUUCACACAUGACGGGGGAGUUCAACAAUCAGGGUGGAAGCUCAAUGCAAGUAGAUCGAGGAUCUGGUUGGAUGUCUUUGCCUCCAGAUAGCUCAUCCGCAGCACAGGUUCCUGGCAAUCAAGCAGCUCGUGCUGCCCCGUUGACCCCUGAUAUGGAGAAGGCACUACUUCAACAGGUAAUGAGCCUGACACCGGAACAGAUCAAUCUCCUGCCCCCUGAGCAAAGGAAUCAAGUGCUUCAGCUGCAACAGAUGCUCCGCCAAUGAUCGCAACAUCAGAAAGUCUUGACGCACUUGGUCUUUUCCUAGCGUAUUUGGUCUACAGAUAUGAAUGGGCUGAAUGCAGAAUUCGAGAGAAGACGAUUACUAUAAUCCAUUAUCUGUUACUGUUCCAUUAGCAUUGUUAUUGUACUGCGGCUGGUUAUCUAUUCGUAUUACAGUGUAAUGUUGGAUUUUAUUAUUUUUUUGUGUGGAGAGAACAGUGUAAUGUUGCUGGUAGCCUUUAGUGAUGACAAUGGGGCCAGAUAUAGGCGUCAAUUAUCCUGCCGUAACUAGUUUGGAUUUUAUCAAGAGAAUGGACAUGAAUGAAGCCUUACAUCGUACUACAUUUUACAACACGAAAUUACCAGACAUGAAUGACAUAACAGUAUCAAAUAGGGUAAAUUGCAAGGUUGGUCACUAGAAGUGUUAAAAUGUUAACGUUUGGUCACUAAAAGAAUUUUAUUCCAUUCGUGGUCACUGGAAGUGCUUAACGUUUCACAAUUGGUCACUCUCCGUUAGUCUCCAUCCAUCUCCGUUAACAUCGUUAGUAUUUUGCUGACGUGGUUAACAGCAGUGCUGAUUCACCCAAUUUAAGCCUGCCACGUCAUAAAAUUUGACCAGCCACGUAAGAAAAACCGCCACAUAAGAAAACCCCACAUAAUUCAACCAAACCACAUAACCCGACCCCUGCCUCUCCUCUUCUUUUUCUUCCACAUUUAAAUCUCCAUCUCAGUUUCUUCUUCUCCUUUCAUUGCUGCCUCGUCAAUCAUCAUCAUGGAAAUUUCUAUUGGAUGAGGAAUCAGACUCCGUCUCGCCUAGAUUCAAGAAAUUUCUCUCAACCCACUUCUCCUUAUGACAAUCUGAACAACCAAACCCAUCUUGAAUUGAGCGGAGAAGACAAUUUUUUGCACUUUUGGCCAAAAAACCAGAGUGGACCACGAUUGGGAGCUGUUGAGGUUUUGCUCACGCUGGAGGGGGGAAGAAUCAGGAACAUAGCAUACCACGAUUGGGGAUCUGGUAUGAGAAUAAGGAUCCAAAGAGGCGAUCUUCUAACGAUUCACCAACGGCGGUGGAAGAUUUUGCAGUAGAUAUUCUUCUUGGCCAGCCGUCGUCGCUUGCUUCUCAUCUUCGCCUCUUUUAAAGCUUCCGAGAAACCCAGAUACU